GAGUGGUGGAGGGUGUCUGGCCAGCCUCUCGGAGCCCAGCCGCCCCGCAGGCCGGGGGGGAGGGAGCCACGCGGCGAAUCGGCCCGCCCCCCGCCCCUCCCCUCCCCCUGAGCCCCGGAGCCUCGAUGGUGCGCUGCGGCCAGCGGUGCGCCACCCAGUGAGGCGCCCGCCCGCCCGCCCGCGGGAGCUGCCGGGGUGGCGGGGGCGAAGGUGGGGACCCGCGCGCAGAGGGCGGGCGCCGCUCGCUGCUCCAGGCUCCAGGCCCGGUCCCAGCCCGCGGCCGCCCCGCCGCCCAGCCCUUGUCCCCUCCCGCGGGCGCGGGGGGCGCCGGGGCGCCGGGCGGGCGGAGGCGCGCUGCCGCCGGCGGCUGGCUGGAUGCGGGACCUGCGCGCACUUGGCUGCGGACCGCGGCUCCGGACGCGCGGAAGCCCAGCGCGCUGGCAUGGCCUCCAACUUUAACGACAUCGUCAAGCAGGGCUACGUGAAGAUCCGCAGCAGGAAGCUGGGGAUUUUCAGACGAUGCUGGUUGGUUUUCAAAAAGGCUUCCAGUAAAGGACCCAGAAGGCUAGAAAAAUUUCCAGACGAAAAGGCAGCAUAUUUCAGAAACUUCCAUAAAGUAACUGAACUGCACAACAUCAAAAACAUAACCAGGCUGCCUCGAGAAACGAAGAAGCAUGCCGUGGCAAUUAUCUUUCACGAUGAAACCUCCAAGACAUUUGCCUGCGAGUCAGAGCUGGAGGCUGAGGAGUGGUGCAAGCAUCUCUGUAUGGAGUGUCUGGGGACCAGGCUGAAUGACAUCAGCCUUGGGGAACCUGACCUUCUGGCAGCAGGAGUGCAACGAGAACAGAAUGAGCGGUUCAAUGUGUACCUGAUGCCUACACCAAAUCUGGAUAUUUACGGCGAAUGCACAAUGCAGAUCACUCAUGAGAAUAUCUAUCUCUGGGAUAUCCACAACGCCAAGGUCAAACUGGUGAUGUGGCCUCUCAGCUCCCUGAGGAGAUACGGGCGGGACUCCACGUGGUUCACCUUUGAAUCAGGAAGAAUGUGUGACACGGGUGAAGGACUAUUCACUUUUCAAACAAGGGAAGGAGAAAUGAUCUAUCAGAAGGUCCAUUCUGCAACACUUGCCAUAGCUGAGCAACAUGAAAGAUUAAUGCUAGAAAUGGAGCAGAAGGCCCGGCUUCAGACAAGCUUGACUGAGCCAAUGACAUUAUCCAAAUCAAUAUCUCUUCCUCGUAGCGCGUACUGGCAUCACAUCACCCGUCAGAACAGCGUUGGUGAGAUCUACAGUUUGCAAGGUCACGGGUUUGGUUCCUCAAAGAUGUCGCGCGCACAGACCUUUCCCAGCUACGCCCCAGAGCAGAGCGAAGAGACUCAGCAGACCUUGUCCCGGUCCAGCAGCUAUGGAUUCAGCUACAGCUCCAGCCUCAUCCAAUGACACACAGAGAAUCACUGCUGACCAGAGAGACAGUCUGUCCCGGACCUGCUUGUGGGGUCAUUGCGCCCUCUGCCUCCUGGAAGACCAAUUGCAGUAGAAAUUGAAAUGGGUUGGGUCUAGCCCCAAUCCCAGUGGAAGUUUCAAAACUGGAGUUCUGCUUCCUUGAUUCCGUGGCUAAGUUCUUUAUUUAUUGAAUUUCUUGGGGGGGGGGGGGGGGGGGGGGGGUAUCUGUGUUUAACAAAAAUAGAAUCCCAAUCGUACGAACAGUCUUUAACUACAAUUCUUUGGGUCUGAUAGUAGCAGCAGCCUGGGCAACCAUGAGCAUUGCCCAACAGGGUUGUACCUGAUUGGUGUCCUCAUGGCUUUGUCCUCCCGUCUGAUGACCAGGGCCGGUCCUUAGACAUAAAGGUCACUCACCACAAGCUGUGUGGCUUGGAAGGUUUUGACAGGGACAAAUCCAAUAUAAGCUCUACAAAUGGCAUCAUAACUCGCCAUAGAAAUAAGCCCAGUGACAAUUAAGGGAACAGGAAAUUUAGAACACACAAUCGAUUAAGCAGAGCCUUGUAGCUCUACUUGUGUGUGUGUGUGUGUGUGUGUGUGUGUGUGUGUGUGUAGACAAAUAGAGAUAUGGAUUUUGCUACAUCCAUCUAUAUUUAACAAGUAUUAUCAAAUGUGUGCUGAGGGUGAUAGGUCAUGCUCACUUAAAUCGUAGAAAACUGUCAUUUGGUGCAUUCAAGUUAAAGAUUGUUAUGCUGAACAGCUGUUUUUAAGACAGUGCUGUAAUAAAAAAAUUAAAAAAAAGCCCUCUUAUUAGCAAAAGUGUUCAUAUAGUCAAGUCUGCUCCUAUGACAACUCUGAGAGUGUGAGAAGGGGAAAUGCUUUGGAAGCAGAACCAGUCUAGCUGUCCUACGCCUCACGUCACCGCGCUGUCUUUCUGGUUAGCGUUGCCUUCUCGGUGACAGUGUCUCUCUCCCUUUGGGCGUGAUCACCAGCCAGCUUCCAUUUAAUCUAAGUGAGAAAAUGUUUAAGUAAGUGAUUAAAAUACCCUUAAAAAGAACUGGUCUAUUUUGCAGUCAGGAGUCCAACAGGCACAGGAUUGUAGAUGUUUGACACCUCACACACUCUUCUCAGACAGCCAUCAGGGAUUCGCCUUUUACUGUGUGACCAGGACUUGCUGGGCUUUCCUUUCCUUUUCCUGGGUCUGGGUUGGCUGGGACUAUGAGAAAAUAGAGUAAAUAUAAUUGUUUUUUUUAUCCUUCACACUAAUGAUGAAUUUUCAAGGUUUAAAAGGAAUUGGUGGUUUCCAUGUGGAUUGAGGAAAUUUGGCUAAUUCAGGUCAACAUAGGUAGUUUUGCCCUCAAUUGUGGCAUUCAGUCGAAUGAAAAUAAAGAUGAUCCUGCCUGAUUAUCUGAUGCUACAUGCUUGAGAUGGUCAGCUCACAAAUCCCCUAGGAGGAAUAGAAAUAGCAGGGAGCCCAGGCCAUGUAAGAUGAAGACCAGAUUUUUCUUUUCUAAUAGCAAAAUAUUUUAAACUAUCAAAGUUAGUCUGUUGGAAGGAUACCUGUUUUGCUGAUUAGAAGUAAGGUUUGUUUUUCAUCCCUAUCCAUAGCUUGAAUGUGGAUUGGCAGUUCCUUCCAGAGGAUUCCUGCAGCAUUAAAGGUUCUGGGUCCCUCCUUGAUCAAUUCGCAUUUAUAGCAACCACCUAGACCUUCCGCAUCUCAGAAAUGUGAAAACCCCAUCAAGAUGUUAAUCAUAAGACUUAAUGUGGCUGUGAAAAAUAAUUAUCCUAAGCUUUAAGGAAUAAAAAGAAAAUUGCUCAAAUGCUCUGCACUGUGAAUUUUGCUGACACAUCAGAAGAGCAGGUGACUGGUUCCUGACAAUGAUAGAGCCUUCCCUGAAGUUCCAGCUUUCAGAGUUAGGCACCUCUAAAUUCCUUCAGCACAGGGCAUUUGCUUUUGAAAUGCCCUUAGUGGAACUGACCAGAGCAACUCCCAGCUGAGACCAUUUGAGCACAGUUCCUAGUGGGGUCCCACUCGGAGCAAGACUCACUCAGUCGAGCUGUUGCUUAGAGACCACAAGGGACUUAUGGGGGAAAGCCCUCAGGGGUCCUGGUUCAUGUCUCAGUUUUAGUAAUGUGCCCGGAGCACAGACACCGGGUCCAGGGAGGUGGAUUCUCUAAUUAGAUGAGACUGCUCUUGUGUCUAUUGGGUGGGAGACAUAAUAUCUGCAUGAAGUUAGUAAAAAACACUAUUUUCUUGUGAUCAUUUCCAGUGAGCAUAACUGACAGGGUACCAGGAAUCAGGAAAAAUCUUGGGCCAGUUCAUUCUGAAAAUCAUGUCAUAAAAAGUCUGUGAGACAGAAAUUUCCUCCUCAUGUCUUUAUCCAAUCUCAUUGCAAUGAUAAUAAGGCCAUAAAAUAUCUCCUGGGACAUUUUGGGGGGAUGUAUUCUAUCCUCUAACUAUGCUUCCAAUUGUAGCUAAGUCAAAACUACUAAAUGAACAGAUAGGAGAAUUUAUAUUAACCUAACAUACUUGACAUAAGGCAGUGCGCAUUGCAAUAAAAAUGACAAGCUGAUAAAUCUUCUACAAAAACCAAAGAUGAAGAAUUACUGAACCCGUCUUCUGGACCUUCAUGAAAUCAGUUCCACUGGAGCAACUGGAGUGGUCAUAGGCAUGUAUUCAACUCACUUGAGUUUAUAGGCUUUUGACUGAAGAUGCUUCUACACUUUGCAAAUCAUUUUUUUUUUCUCCCUCCAGAAAUAGUAUUAUAUCUUUAACAUACAUGUGACUUUGUCAUUGUGAGGGAGCGACUUGCUAUGAACCAAAGAUAUCUUUUGGCUCCUUCCAAAAGUGACUCCUGCUGGGACUCCUCUAGAAGGAGAAGGUGAAUGACGAGGGGCACAGUUUCCAUAUCGGGUGGGAAGAGAGUGAUGAUGACAGAACCCAACAUAAGUCAUAAAGGUUCUUCUGAGAGCAAAGAAAACCUGGUUAUGUGAAGGGAUUCAUUUUUUUAUGUCCCGUUUUUUCUUCCAAUAAUAUUAAUUGUUGUAUUAAUACACGUGACAUUAUAUUUAAAAUGCAAAAAAGUACAAAAUAACUUUAACCCAAUAGCUUCCUAUUCUGAUGGGGACAAAAAAACACAACUUUUUUUUUUUUAUUCCUUAAGUGAAUAGUAGGCUCUCAGAACUAAUUUAUUUAUGCAGGUUGCAAAUAUUUAUAAUUCAAUAGGUUCUGGCCACUGCCACAAUUUGAACUUAAUGAAAUAAGAAAUAUAUAUUUACUUAUUUAUUAGGGAAGAUGCAGUUUGGUAGAGCAUGUGAAAUAAAGUGAAAUGUAUUUAUUAAAAGUAAAUCUCACCCUUUUCAUCAAGUAAUGACUAGAGUAGACUUAACAUCUUGUACAAUUUUUCUCCAUCUUCAUUGGGCAAUUAUGUUUCAAAAUUAUUUAUCACCUAUAAAAUUGUCAACCAGUUAUAUUUUCUGUCCAAUAUAAAAACAGUGAACUGAUAAAUAACUCUACACUGUUAGCAGUUUCUAUGGAUUCACGUUAUUGCAUGUGCUAUCUUUGUAGUAAAUAUUAAAACACAUCCUAAAAAUUGAUGUCUGCCCCUCAUUCUUUGGCCAAUAUCUCAGAAAACAUUGUAAAAGAGCAUGAGUAUCCUAUUCUCUAGAUUAUUUGAGCCCCUUCCUAAAAUGGACCAUUAGCGAUACAGUGAAAACAAACUAAGCCGAUUAUAGUCUUAUGAAAAUAUUGUAGGCCAGUUUUGAUUAUUAUAACACAGCCCAAUAAAUAGGCAAUGCACAUUAAAUUGGGGCUGAGCCUAAAGACCUUUAACAUAACAUGUUAUAACAAAUACUAUACUAAUAACUGCUCAAAGUGAAAAGUAUACAUUUUUCUCCAAUUCUAUUAACAUAUAAUGUCUGUCCAUAUCUUGCAAUUUCAAAUUACUUAACCAAUAAUUAACUAUACUUUAAAAUCCCCAAACCUUGGUCUUCUCAAGAUAGAUAAAAAUCUGCCUACUGGACAUGCAUUAAUAAUUACAAUAAUAGUUGAUAAUGCCACACCAAGGAAGUUCUAGCCAGUGAAAUUUAUGGAGCGCAAUUUCCAAAGGAGAGGGUUGAGAAGGAAAAUGUGAACCAGUCAGGAGGGCAACAGUUUAGACAAGAUCAUAACGACUCCAAUGAACUGUCUAGCGUCACACUCAGAUUUACUUUCUUAACAUUCUAACCUCAGUUCCAUGUCCGAGACAUGGCCUUCUUUACUAGUUUCUCUGAGUACAAAGUAUGCAAGACAUCAGUUGUAUCAGUAUUGACAUUACCGCACAAAGACAACCCAUGACCAACAAGUGUGCUUCCUUUAGGAGAGUGAAAAUUAUUAAACACCAAAGAACAUGUAGCAGAAUCCCUGUGGUCCAAUGUCUCUUCAGUCACACGAGGAUCGUUCUUGUAGAGUCAACCUCGUUUGCAUUUCAAUGUGAAGAUACAUUAUCAGUGAGACAGGCUGGGGGCUGAACACAUCAGAAAAGAGGCACAGCCCAUGGGUGCAUUUCUCUACAAAUGUACCUGAAAGCUUAACCCACAUUUGGUACUACAAAUCCUUCCUUUCUUAUUGAAGAAUGUGAAUCUUUGUGGAUCAUUUCUAUAACUUAUUACAACUAGACAAGGCAUUAGGUAGUUUAGAGACUUUCGUGGAAGUAUCCUGAGAUUUGGGGCACAUUUUCUAGAUAGGUGGAAUGCUAGCUCGCUCUGGAGAGGAGCAUGUAGAAUAAAAGUCCUGUUUUUAUGUACCCCUCAGGAGAAAAACCAAAACCCAUAGAUGUAAUUUAUUCAAAGACAAAAAAAAAUAGUCAGGGAUAGGGUCACCUAGCAGGCUCAUAGGAAUGUUUCCUUGGCUACAUCUCAACUCCCAGGGAUGCGUAGUGAGAACUGAGAAAUGCCACAUGGCUUAUAAGUGAACAGGCCCUUGUACAUGUAAGUGUUUUUCCCAAAUUUGUCAGAUGUUUCUAACUCUUCCUGGACCCAUCACCAACUAUAUCAAUAGAGAGGCUUUCUGAGGCAAUUAUUAGACUUGUAGGUCAUGGAUGAUUGGUAUAAGUAUUACUAUUCUUAUACUGUCAUCCAGUUCUUUGUUGGAAAUUUAGACUUACUUUUUCUAAAGUGAUGGUCAAACUAUAAAAAAAAUUAAGUGUUUAUGUUUUGCAUUCCUACUAAUUCAUUGCAUUGUGACUGUGAUUAUUACUUUGGGGAUUUUCAUUACACUGUAGCACUUUGGUUUAAUUAUUUAUGACAUUUGUCACAACUCCGUUAAAGAAUUGAUAAUAUCAGGGCUACAUAUUUUCAUAUGAGUUACAAAAGCUUCCAUUUUCAAUUGAAAUUUGGGAAAUUGUUUUUGGUUUUGUUUUGUUUUACUUUAAAAUAUCUUACACAUCAAGCUUUUUCUUAUACUCUUACAUAGGCAAUUAUUUGAAUUAAUUGAACUUUAGAUAAAUUAGAAAUAAGUUAAAAUUACUAAAUAAUAUGAAAGCCACUUUUUAUGUGAGAUUUUCAUACACUUUUCUUAGUUUUUAACAUCUUGUAAACAUUUUAAAGAAUGGAAAAAUAUACUUGUAAUAGGAAUAUGUCAACUUCUUUCUAAUAAUUUCAUUUAAUACAUUUUGAUUUUGCUUUACUUUCUAUGCCUGCUACCUUCGUCCAUAUUCCAUAUUCUGAACUUAUUUUAUUAGUUGAUACAAUUAACUUUCUCAGUCUGUUCUCUGUUUUGUGUGUUGUUGGUUUUUGGGUUUUUGGGGUUUUUUUUUGUGUGUGGGGGGGGGUUUUUUUGUUUGUUUGUUUGUUUUUUGUGUGUGUGUGUGUGUAUUUUAUUAUUUUAAACUUAAGAAAAAUAUCAAAUUAACCCACUUUGUAGACACAGAAUUGUGGCCCAAAUGAAGCAAGAUCUCCACCCUGACCCUGCUCACCUCGGUAUCUGAUUUGCUGUCCUUAUUCACCCAAGUGACCCACAGCCUCAUAAGAGUUGCUAAUUUUAAGAAAUCCAAAAUGUGAAGCCCCAACUUCAGGGAAAGAAGAUUGAGAUAAUGGUUUUCUCUUGAAGAAAACCUUGUGAAAGGGUUUUUAUGUUUUUUUCAACAUCAUUAACUGCUUGACAGAGGGGUUGAAAGACAGGGAAAGAUGGAGAAUGAAACAAUUGCAGUAUCUUGAUAUUUAAUAUAAAUCAGAAGUGAACAUGAUGUGGGUCCAUAUGAAAUCAUUUGAUUAAUGGAAUGCAGAUUUACAUGUCUAGUGCAUAAUUCAAGGAAUAAUGCCUAUUCUUAUUGAAAAUAUAUAUAUGUCAGUGAGUGAAAUGGAGAAAAAGAAGCUCCCAAUUUUUGUGAAUACCUGAAAUGGAGAAUAGAGAUUCUUUCAAGUUCUAAGACACCGUGUUCUUUUAGUGAUAGCCAGCAGUGUAUAAAUCACAGCAACACUUAAGUCUUUACCCUCACAACGAAUGAGCUGAAAGCCAGUAUCAUCUUGGCUGCAGAUGACAGAAUACCUCACCCAGUACCAUCUUUACACAAACCCUAACACACUCAUGUACACAGACACAUUUUUUUACUUUGACCUACUUUCUAUGUGCCCCUACACUUAUCUUUUGGGGUCCACACAGAAAUAUUCCAUCUUGCAAAAUCCUUAUCCAUAUGAAUCUUCAAAAUGUAUUAAAUUAUGUGUUGUAUGUUUGCUUCCUGAAAAAUUCUUUUAAAUCAAUUUAUAUAUACUUUGUGAAGUCCUAUACUGUAUUUUAUAGAAGGAUAGCAUUUGUCCUUCCUUAAAUAGAAUGUUUAUGAUCAUUUUGAUAAAAAUAAUUGUGGACACUACACCUUUGUCAAGAAACAAAAUAACCAUCACAAAUUUGCUUCUUUUCCAAAAUAUAUGAUUUGAUAUACUUCCUUUUCAAUAAUAAUUGAUUCCAGAUAAUAGUUUGGGGACAUCUGUACUUAAAUACUAGAUGAGCCACCUUUUGCGAUGAAAUGCAAAGGAAUAUUGUCCUAGAAACUAAAUAAAAUUUCUGGCAGGACAGAAAAUAUUAUAAUAAUGAGGCAAUAAUUAAAUUAUUUUUAAAUCUAUCUGUGUGAUUUUUCCCCUCCUUGGUAAAAAUAGUACAUAGUUCAAGAAUUACCCUCUUCCAAAUUUCUAGUUUCUAUAUUACAGUCUUCAGUAGAUAAAUUAUUAUUAUUAAUGUCUUACUCGACACCAUAAGAAAUCCACAAAUGAGAUUGCUACCCAGGAGGAUCAUUUAUAGUUGUGCAAUAUUAAAAUUUCCUCCAUCACUUAAAAAAAAAAAAAAAGGUAAAGUGGUCCAAAGAUAUUGCUUUCCACUACACGUUUGCAUGAUUGAGAUUUGAACAUGAAAAUUGCUGGUUUUUACCCAGGAGUUACUGUUGUUAGCACUGUAAUAUAUGAUCUUCUUACAUUUUUUGUUUUCAUGUGAUGAACUGUAACUAUGUAAUUAAACAUAAUUCUGACAAUCAUAUUCUUUGAACCUUUAAAAUGUCACUUAUUCCUUUAUUUAUUGGCUUGCUAUUUUCAAAAUAAAAUAAAAGAGGCCCUUUAUUAAA